CAUCAAUCGCAGCCAUAUACCCCUCACCUCAAUCCCCUCAACCCCGCAAGAGCAACCAUGCCCAGAAACACCAAAAAGCCCCCCCGAGAUGUCAGCCAUCUCUCGGGCAAGCCGCUGGCAGAGACUCUCGAGCCAUCGCCCGUCCUCAAAAGCAGCACAGAGGAAUGGGCCACCUCCUGCGAUCUAACCGAGCAUGGCCUCCCAUUCACCCUCGAGGUCAUCCAAGACAUGGCGCUCUUCCUUCUGGCGAACCCCAACAUGACCUCCAGCCACCUAUACCGGGCAGACAUCCUCUACGAUAGCGCUGGCACGCUGCGCACGCCUCAGCAGCAAGAACAGUCUUUUGCGCAGACGGGAAACAGCAUUUCGGAGACCACGGCCACAGCAGAAGAGCAGGUGGAACCCACCGUCGCAAGAGACGUCCCUGGGUUCACCCUGACCCGGACGGUGGUGAGGAGGCUGGUUCCUAGAAAUCCGAACCUCGAUCGCACCAUGGACCAGACGUGCCAUUUCUACGAGGCCAGCGCCAGCGUAUCCAGAGACUCUACAGAGCACGCGGGGACUGAGGAUCUCAGACAACAACGCUCCCUCGUCAUCUACAACCCCCAUGUCGCCUCCAAAGAGGACAUGCCCUUCUACCACCCUCUCCUCCGCUCCCUCGCCUUUCUCUACGACUUUAACCCCAAUAACACCACCACCACCACCACCACCACCACCAACAACAACCCCCCAGACCAAACCUCCACCCCCGGCCCCGGAACCAUCCAAAACCCCAACAAAGACAACGUGAUCCCGCAACACCUGGUGCAAAACACCUACACGCGACUCAAGCUCAAAUACGCAUCGGACCUCUGUCAGCGCUGGGUCGAGAGCACCGAGCCCUCGAAACACGUGUUUGAGGACCUCUCCAUCACGGCCUUCCUUAUCGAGCUCUGGCGGAGUAUGUAUGGCGUUGUUCCUGAGGACGAGAAACCGAAGCCCAACACCGACACCGACACCCAAGACCACACCCACACACCCACCCGGCCCCAAUUCCCCGGCUUCAUCGACAUCGCCUGCGGCAACGGAGUCCUCGUGUACAUCUUGCUCAUGGAAGGCUACAGCGGAUGGGGCUUCGACGCGCGGCGCCGCAAAACAUGGUCCAUCUUCCCCCCGUCCGUCCAAUCGCACCUCAAAGAGGAGAUCUACAUCCCGCAGCCCUUCGCCGAAACAAUCGAUCUUCCCUCCUCCCCCGCCGACCGCGCAAAAGAACUGGGCGUCGCGUCCCACUACGGCCUCUUCCCCAAAGACACAUUCAUCAUCUCGAACCACGCGGACGAACUCACCGUCUGGACCCCCCUCUUGGCCACCCUGCUUUGUCCGGAGAGCCAGAGCCCGUUUAUUGCCAUUCCGUGCUGUUCGCACGCGCUUUCGGGGAAGAGGUUUAGGUAUCCCCCGCCGUCUCAAGGGAAAGGUGGGAAAGGGAUAAAGCAACAGGGAUAUACCGAGGAGGAAAGAGGAAUAGGUGGGGGUGAUGGUGGGGGUGAGAAUAACCAGCCACAGCCGAAAGAAGGUGAUCUCAAAUCCCUCCGGAAGGAAAAGCAAGAGGCGCAGACAGAUGCCGGAUUCUAUAAAUCGAUGUAUGGCUCGUUGACGGCGAAGACGAUGAGCGUGGCGCGGGAACUCGGGUAUGGCGUUGAGAGGACGUUGUUGAGGAUUCCGAGUACGCGGAAUAUGGCGGUUAUUGGGGGGCGGGUGAGGACGACAAGGGCGUGGAAGGAUGGAGCGGAGGGGGCUGAUGUUGAGGUUGGUGAGAGGGAGGAGGAUGGAGAGGUGCUGAGAGAGAGGGUUCUGGAUCUGGUGAGGCGGGAAUGUGCGCGUGAGGGAGGCGUGGAUGCUGCGGCGAAGACAGACAGAUAUAAGGAAGAUAGAUAG